AUGCUGUUCUCAAACGGGUCGGUGCGGCCGUCGCAGCUCCCGGGUGACUCCAACUACUACCUCUCGCGCGAUCAUCACUACCCGAUGUGGGAGGCGUUCCCCAACGGCGGCGCGUGGAACAUCAAGCUCGACAAGCGCGGCGAUGUGAUGGACCGCAUGUGGGAGGAGCUCUUUCUGGCGACCAUCGGCGAGGCGUUUGGCGAGCCCGACGUGGUCGCCAUUGUGCUCGCCAUCCGCUCGCAGCGCAACUUUCUCUCGGUGUGGAACGCCGACAACAUGAACCAUGCGGUGCGGUUCCAGAUCUCUGAGACGCUUCGUGCCCUCUUCUCCAUCCGCGGUGUGACCGACUCGCUCGAGUACAAGUCGCACGCCACGUCGAUGAAGGACGGCUCGACCUUCCGCAACGCCAUGACCUACCAGUCGGUCGUCACCCAGGAGCCGGCUGCGAAGAAGAACCCGACCGAGGCCGCCAAGGCCGCAGGCACCAAGCCACCGCCCAACUCGCCGGCAAAGGUCGCAAAGGGCAGCGCCAAGGCUUAG